AUGGAACAACACCGUUUUGUUAGUGAUUGGUUACAAACAAACGCUCUAGAUAGGACAAUGAGAUGGUACACCGCAGGAACUAUGCUUAACGCACCUUUUGGUGAAUUUAUUUGGACGGGUUACCCCGCGGCAUCCCGAAAUAUUCCACCGAAUCUGUAUUCUCUUUGGUUCGACAAGCCACCGACAGCAGCAGAUCAGGCAACUUAUCCAGUUGAUCAAAACAAACUUGUUUAUGGUACGAAUGGAACUGCUUGGGGGUGGUACAUCGACGUGCCUACGGUAGCACGUGGAUAUAUAUGCCAAGCCAAGUCUUUAUUCGCCAACAAACUUCUUCCUCAGUCAAACCCUAUUGACUACGGACAAAACGACUCGAAUUCGAUCUUAAGAGGACCUUGUUUCGUAGAACAACCGGUUGAUGCCUGGUUUGUUCCAGGAAUCGUUGUAGAAAAUUUUGUUUCUUUUGGUUGCUUCGCUAACGGAAAUCCAGCUCCAAAUUAUCGAUGGUACAAAAUAGGCCUUAUAUCUGGUCAGAGCAUUGUUGUACCCAAACGAACUCUUGUGGACCCUUUACUUUCACCAACGGGCCGAAUUUCUGUUAGUGGAGGAAGCUUAGUAAUUCAUCAGCCACAAGCAUCAACCGAUUCCGAGUACUAUCAAUGUGAAGCCUACAACGACUUUGGCAGUAUUUUAAGCAGAACGGCUAAAAUUGUUUUUGGGCAACUGGAAACGUUUCCAAAACAACCCCGAAAAACAAGAAUGGCCUGGGCUUACCAAAGUGUCACCAUCCCCUGCGAUCCACCAGCACACUCACCAAGAGACAGUCUUAUCUACGCCUUCUAUAUGAAGAAGGACUCUGGUCUUGAACCUGUCGUAUUGUCGGCUCGUCCAGGGGUUUUCGUUUCUCAAGCUCAGGCUUUGAUCGGUUUCUCCGAAGCAACUACACAGGACACGGGCAUAUAUGUAUGCAUGAUUACAAUGCACCAACUGGGUUCUCGCCUCAGUGACUCACCGAAGUCUCCGGACAUGCCACUAAUUGUACAGGAGAGCAAUCAACGGAUCCAGGAGCCCCGUAUCUACGACAGCUUUCCAGCGAUUUGGCCUACUGACCCCAUCAGAGGCCAAGCUGUACGCAUUGAGUGUUUUGCCGGCGGGAGUGUUCAGUCCGGACCACUAGAGUACAGCUGGCGUCGGUUGGAUGGUAAACCAAUUCCUUUGGACGUGUACAAAGAGUUCAAUCGAGUGAUUGAGUUUCCACAGAUCCAGCCAGAGGAUCAAGCAGUUUACGAGUGCAGUGUCACUGACGCGAUGGGAAGUCAAGCUCAACCGAAAAGCGUCAGUCUGCAAAUAAAAGCGCUGCCUUAUUUCAUAAAAAAGGCUGCGGACACUAUCGUCUCCAUUGGCGAAAACGUGCUGAUGGUGUGUGAAGCGGCUGGCAUUCCUGAGCCGAUUCAAAUGUGGUAUAGAAACGGAGAAAGCGUCAGUGACCUUCUUGCACAGGGCAAACUUAAUGCUAAUAGAUACAUCCUUACGGAUGGAACCACCGGACCCGCCAAACUGCAGAUUUUGCAGGCAAGUUUUGGUGAACUAAGUUGUCUGAGACUUUCUACUGAUUAA